AUGUUUUGUCUUUUCCUGAGCUGUGUCUUGAUCGUCUUCUGUUAUGACAAAGAAAUUGGCUCUUCAGGUUUCUUACUGUACUCAAGACUGUUCUUGGAGUUGCACCUGAAGCUCAAAUGUUUUAUUGUUUGGUAUUUUUCACAUCGUAACCUGACCCGGUUCAUUUGUUUCCCAGGUCCAUGGGGAAGAUGCAUGGGCAGCGACUGCGGCCCGGGAGGCAGCCAAAGCCGGGCGGUCUGGUGUGCCCAUGUGGAAGGCUGGACGACGCUACACACCAACUGUGACCAGGGCCAGCGUCCCUCCAACCAGAGGAACUGUUUCCGUGUGUGCGACUGGCACAAGGACCUUUACGACUGGCAACUGGGUGCCUGGAAUGUGUGCGUGCCAGUUUCGGCGAGGACCUUAUGGGCCUCGCGGCCGUUCACGUGCAGUGGAGGUGAGGAGGGCAUUCAGACCCGGGAGGUGGGCUGCAUACUCAAAUCGGACGAGUCUCCAGCGGAGGAUGCCAUCUGUGAGUACUUUGAGCCCAAGCCUCGCCUGGAGCAGGCGUGUUUGAUCCCUUGCCCUCAGGAUUGUGUGCUUUCCGAGUAUUCGCCAUGGACGUCCUGCUCCAAAACGUGUGGAACGGGCCUCAGGAACAGGGUCCGCAGUGUCCUGGUUCCUCCACUUUUCGGGGGCGCGGUUUGUCUCAACCUAACCGAGUUCCAGUCCUGUAAGCCGGGGCCUUGCACGGGUCCAGAGGGCAUGUACAGUCUCAGGGUCGGACCGUGGAGCCCUUGCGCCCUCCCACAGACUCGAACGGCACGCCAAGUUAAGCGCAGGAAAGGAAAAGGCCAGGGGCUCAGGGAGCGUGCCGGGGUCAAAGAUCCAGAGACCAGGGAGCUAAUCCAGAAGAAACGAACCAGGAACCGCCUCAACCGGCAAGAGAGUCCGUUCUGGGACAUCCAGGUGGGCUACCAGACCCGGGACGUGACCUGCAUACACAGGAAUGGCAGCACUGUGGCUCGCAAGUGAGUGGCAACAUUUUCUAUGUUAAUGUGAGAUGAAGUUCAUUUGUUUUGUAUUUUUUGUCUCUUAGCACUUUUAUACCCCACUUCAAUUUUGUUGCUUCGGCAAUGAUGAGACAUUCAUUUCAAAAUAAGGCAAUUCUCUUCUAUGUUCGAGGCAUUUAGCAGAGAUAACGCAUUUAUUGAAUCUAUAUUAGUCUCAUUUUAUGUUUUUUCUUGUAUUUAUUGUCAACAUUUCCAUCCAUCUAUUUAUAUUUGUCACCAACUAAACUGCUGUACCUUCGACGUUUAGUUGUCCUCAAGUCGGUGCAUUUCUAACGAGAUGCCAAAUCUGUCCUCCUGAAGGUUUUCUCUUCUCCCUGUCGGGAGGUGACACGCGGCGGAGGAUGUUUACCGGCUGUGUGUUUGCCACCGCUGUGCCUGUCAGAGCAAUGAAGCACAACUCACCACAGUGUAUCUGAUGUCAGCCUCAUGGAAGUGGCAAAGCAACUCACUUUGUGACAUGAGAUCAAUCUUAGUGUGUUACUUUUCAAAAUAAGGCAAUUUUCUGAGUUUUGUCCUCGAAUGGAUGUGUGAUGACGUGUUAUGAGAAAUGAUGAUAUGUUAAGAAGAGCGCCACUCAAAAUGACUUCACUCGAUAAGACAUGAAGUCAAAUUGCUACAGAAGAUCUUCUAAAAUAGACAACGGGAAGCUUUGGUUUCUGUAUUUUAAGGUUAAGGUUACAACUUCUGGAGAAGUUUAAGGACCAGUUCGCCCAAAUAACGGAAUAUAAAAAACAGGUUUUCUCACGUACCAAGCCAUGUAGAAAAGGUAAGUUAAAUGUCCAAAACUGUCUAAAAGGCUAGACAAUGCUAAAAAAAAGUAGUUUCUCUGAUUUAAGGGUCAAAUGUGUGAUGAUAAGCUGCAAAGGUGUCAGUAAAGAAAAUGACUCGAAAAGAAGCAGCCAAGGCAGAAUGAGAGAUUAAACUACAACAACUAAAAUGUUAAACAGUAUCAAGUCAAAGAUCAUUACCUGAAUAGGUAAUUGAUUUAGACCUUCAGUGGGCACUCUUAUCCUAAAUACAUGCUGUAAUUAUAUACGAGUGCCUCCAUUCGUAGUGUCGGUUAACCUCUGGCCCUGACGUUAGUAUUGCUGCGAGCUACAAAGUCCCGUUCUCUGACUACAAACGAGACGCAGCAAUAGCUCUCAAUUCACUCUCAUUUCUCAGCAGAAGUCUGUGCUUUAAAAUGUGCAUCAAACCUUUUACUUCCAAGAAAUGAAUCUGCCUCCAGCAGCAGAGAACCCCGUCACUGUAAAAAAAAAAACUCACAGACAGUUACUUUGUUGGUGUUAUCCCUCAUUAACCGCUCAUUUGACCCACUUAAACCUAAAACAACAGGACGUUUGAGCACCUAGAAAUCCACAGCUGCUGUCCGCUCUUCAGACUUUUGUUACGUUGAGGAUGUUGAUGACUUAAUUAAACAGGAAACCAUGAGUGAUUCUGGUUCUUGCCACAACAUGAAUUGCUGUUUUUCAUAUUAACCCUCUGAUGUUGAUCGGCGAUUCUUUUAAAGAUGAAUUCUUUCUGUGGAUCUUUCAUCUCUCUCUCUGUUCCUCGACUGACAGUAACUUAAAGAUGUCACCGUUCUUCCCGAGGAACUUGGAUUUGGGACUUUCGCAAGGUCUCUGAUCUCCAGGAAAGAAUCAGUGACAAUGUCAGCAAAGCAAGCCACAUCUGUCACAUACGACUGUACUCCAGGAUUUGAUCAAUUAUGAACUGAAUCUAUUCAUUAAUGCUUUGUUGGCGCAGAGCUCUCAGCAGUGACUGGGUUCAAACAUUUCAAAGGCAGCAUGAAAACAGCCCCCAUGCCCUUAGGAGCAUAAAUAUUAAUCCUUGACUUGUUUAUGUCUCGUCCUGAAAUAUUAAUAGUUGUUUUUGCCACUUUCGUAAAAGUGGAACAAACUUCCCAGUGAAGCGAUAACCCAGUCGUUUCCUCGCCAGACGCGCUCUGAACAUCUUUCUCACUUCAUUUCCAAUUUAGUUUGAUGAACAUCUGUCAUUGAGCCGUUACUUUCUCCAUCGUCCUGCGCUCAUCCCAAACAGGGCCCCCUCCUCAUAACGCUGCUGGGGUCGUAUUAAUCGAGCUGUUAAUUAUUCUGCUGUGCCACAUUACAUCAUUGAAUUAAAGGGUCAUUUUCAUUCGCCUUUAGGGGCUCUUUAAUCACUCGACCCACAUGGAAUUAUGUUUUUAGACCAUUUUAUCGGCUGUGUUUUAAUGCAGCUCAAGUAAUGAGCCUACAAGUGUGGAAAUGUGGAAACUUUCUGACUGCUUUUAUUUAGUGUGGGAGCCCUCGGACUCCAUUGUCGCGAGUCGCUGCUGUGUGAAACCUACAGGCUUAGAAAAGAGCAUUUUCCAGACUUCCUCUUACUUAUUUAAAUAGGGAAUGAUUGUGUCCUCAUUCUGUCUGGAUGACUGAGAUGAAGAAAUAAUGACUCCUUUCUCCCGCAACUUUGAAAUCUCCACCAAAAUGUUCAGGCAUGCACACAACCAGCGGAGAAGACUCAAAGGAUCCACAUGCAGCGAAAAGAAAUGGGUCAUUGGCUGCAUUAGGGGCUUUUUUUAAGAAAAACAUCUGUGACAGGAAAUCCAGCCAUCGCCCUCAUGCAUCACAUUCACUGUUAAAAUUCCUCUUUGCAAAAACGACUCCGGUGCACUCAGAGUGCUUUGUGGAAAAUCUUAAUUCUGUAUUUUUUUUUGUCGGUGUCACUUCACUAUCCACUUCAAAGACUGCAGAGGUGUUUUAAUCUGCAAAGAGAAGAGGAGAAAGAGACAACAUACUCGGCUCAUACAUUUCCUCAUCUGUACCCAGAGUCUGAGUCGCUGGAGGUGAGGUGUGGCGGCGACGUCUAAAUGAGAGGUUUCUAAAUGAAGCAGAGCCGUAAUUAGCACUAAUAGCUCGUCAGCUGCAACGCCCCGAGGGGAAACACAUCCACACUGAGGAGAGGAGAGCGGUCGGCUUUAGUUAGAACACAUUUCUAAUGAUUCGGAAGGAGCCCAAGGAGAGGACGAGUUAUUCAUUACAUCUAAAUGUAUUUACAUGAUCAAAAGAUGUGCGCCAGCGAUUGAUCGGAGGUUGUUUUUGGUUUUACUUAAGACUUCCACACACGACAUGCCACACCACUCCUGUUUUACACUGCUGUGUGUGUGUGUGUGUGUGUG